AUGAGGGGAGUAGGAGGUGUAUGCAAUGUGAAGAUCUGGUUCCAGAACCGGCGCAUGAAGUGGCGCAACUCCAAGGAGCGCGAGCUGCUGGCGAGCGGAGGCUCCCGCGAGCAGACGCUGCCCAACAAGAACAACCCGCACCCCGACCUCAGCGACGCCGAGGCCGACCGCCCCCGCCUCGACCUGUCGCCGCCCCCGCCGCCCCCGCAGCAGCAGCAGCAGCAGCAGCAGCAGCAGCCGGGGGCCAGCAGGCCGCUCCCGGACGAGGAACUCACGCCCCCGGAAGACGACGAUGACGACGAGGAAAUCAACGUCACGUGA